AAAUGUAUACGUGUGCUCAGUCGGUGGGAACUUGCUAGGAUCGACUGACUGUCCGAUAACGGGAGUCUCUCCCGUUUCCGAGUCGCGUGUGCGUGUGUGGGUGUAUAUUUGUGCGCGCUAAGAUACGCGUCUCUGCAGAACGGUGGCUUAGCUUAAGGGCCAAGUGUCGUUUUAAUCAUCUCCUAGGAUUAUCUCUAUACCUAAGGGCCAGGAUUUUUGAAUAUUCUUAGUGCUAGCCGGUCGCCUUUAAGAGCGAUUACAGUCGAGAUAUUGACACAACUCUUUUCAAAAUAGAAAUCAAAACAAAAACAAUAAGCACAAAAACGCAAAAGCUCCGUCAUUCCUCAAUAAUGCCUUGAAAACGAAUAAAACGGAGUAAAGGUUUACCUACAAUGACCGCGGUGACCCUAUCAUGGUUAGCAGUUUUGAUCCUAGUCAUUCUCUCACUCUCAAACUUAGCAGAGGCCAAAUCAGAGCAGCGAGAUAACGACGAUGAAGACUGGGGAGAUGGAGGCUUCUUAAAAAAUCAGAAGCCAUACACCGUUGAAAUUGAGGAUCUCACCCUAGAUGGUGGAUCAUCUCCGGUGAUAGGAGAUGACGUACCCGAUGAUCAAAUGGUCGACUCGCAUAUGAGUAACCUCUACUCUGAAAUGAUGUCAACAGUCAACCAAGAUGGUUUGAAACAGCACGGUGGAGGUCAUGCCGGAGGCCUAGGAGGCCAUGGUGGAGGUCACGGAGGAGGCCUCGGAGGCCACGGAGGCCACGGGCUGAAGAAGAAGAAAAAAAAACCAAAACCACACAAAAAAAAGAAGGGUUUCAAGGAGAAGUUCCUUCCUCUCUUGCUGAUUCCCUUCAUUAUACAAACAACGCUGAUUCCAAUGUUCAUUAUGAAACUCAAAAUGAUUGCCAUGAAAGCUGCUGUUCUAGGCAAGCUUGCCCUAACGUUACUAGCUUUUAAUUUUAUACGUAACUACAGAUUUGGAGGUGCUCAAACAGCUGAUGAGCAUUACAGCAAUCGACUUGCAGAGGAACAUUACGGUUACAGUGGAGGUGCUCCUGAAAUAGGGGCUUGGGUCAACGGAAGGAGUUUCCAUGCUUUACAUUAAUAUGGUUUUCAGGAAUGAUUGUCCAAUGCAUUUGUAAAAUUCAACCGAUUAAAAUUGAUCGCCAACAGUUUGGUCCUGCUGAAAUUAAAUGCCUGCAUGUACCUGCCUGAUAUACGACAAAUCAUCAAUGCAACCGCCCAACCGAGGAGCUUGAGGGACAAGGGGCGUAAUAAAGUGCAGUUUUUGCUACUUCGAGAAAUACGUUUUUGAAGCUUCGAAAUCACAUGGAUCCUUAUGGCGGAAAGAAAGUUCAAACUGACAUUUUGAUGCUUAAAAAUUGGAAUUCGUGGGCUAAUUUUUCACAGAAUUUGCAUUUAGACUUUUUUUUAACUGAAUUCAUUACUAUCUCAUUUCUUUAAAAAACUGCACGUAUGCGUAUAUUGUCCUCCAAUCCCUCAGUUAUUCUUGUACACACAUUUGAUUAGGUACUCACUAAACAUGAACUAUUGCUGCAAAAUUAAAAAUAUCGAAAGGCUCCCUUUCGUAGGUAUAAUUUGUUUAUCCACUCAGGGAAAAAAUUAAUCCCAAAUUUGUUCUUAAUUUAGAAAAGUAAAUAAUUUUUAAAUCAAAAUCAAAGUCGUAUGGUUGACUCUCUAAUGACAAAUUUUAAUUGUAAUAAAAGAAAUUGACUUGUUA